AUUGAUGCGUCCUCGUAGGUUGUACCAUUUGCCGUAUCCAGAAUCCCAAACGUUGCCCCCUUCAGAGACCAUUCCACCUUUCGCCUUGAGCCCAAAAAUCGUACUCGAGUAGUCUGGACUCUGGAGUCUGGAGAGAAACAAGUCUUUCUUUCAUUUUCUAUUCUCAAGUGGGCACUGCAUCUAGAAUCCCAAACGUUGCCCUCUUCGGAGACCAUACCUUUCGCCUUGAGCCCCAAAAUCGUACUCGAGUAGUCUGGAGAGAAGCAAGUCUUCCUUCCACUUUCUAUUCUCAAGUGGGCUCUGCAACUCAAAAUCUAUCAAUCCAUCAAGUAAAGGGUUUGAUAGUUAAAACCCUAUCUGCAGUCUUUAGUGGUAGCUGUGAAGCAUCUGAUACGUAGAGAUAUAGAGAGAGAUCAAAAUGGUUUCUUCUUAGUUGGGAGAGACGAAGUGAAGUCGAAUGCAGCAGAGCCAGUGUGUGAAAUGUGGUUGAUUUAUGAGCGUAAUUUUGAGCACAUCUUCAAGACUUGCACAAUCUGAUAGUUUAAAUGCUGUUUUUACUAGCCUGUAGUAGGAGGACUUUUGAUAAUUAAGCACUAGCUUCUAGUCUAGGUAGGAGCUCUGGAAUCAUGGAAACAACUGAUCAAUAUCCUGUUCCUAAAAGAGUGAAGUAUGAUAAGGCUGAGAACCCAGCAGAAGGGGAGGAUAAGAUCAGCAACUUACCAGAUACCCUCCUUCAUCACAUCCUCUCGUUUCUUCCAACAAAAUAUGCUGUUAGAACUUGCAUUUUAUCAAAAAGGUGGAAGUACAUCUGGACUUCUGUUACCAGUCUUGACUUUGAUGAUGGGUUUUAUGAUACUGAACCAGGAAAGAAGCGAGUUAGAGCAAAAGUGGCCAAUUUUAUGAAUUUUGUGGAUAAGGUACUGAUUCAAAAUGCAUCAAGUUUGGAGAAGUUCCAUCUUAAAUGUGGUAGCUCUUGUGAUUUAAAUCGCAUUAAUACUUGGAUAUGUGCUGCAAUGACUCGGAAGGUUCAGCAGCUGUGUCUCUUGAUCUCUGUGAAACAGUCCCUUAAGUUGCCACACUGCCUCUUUACUUCUGAAUAUCUGGUUAAGUUAGAAUUGGUUGGAAAUUUUGUACUCAAUGUUCCUUCUUCCAUCUGUUUAUCAAGCCUUAUUAUCCUCUACCUUGAAAAAGUUACUUUUGUUGAUGAUAUCUCAGUGGAACAACUCUUUUCAAGCUGUCAAGUUCUCGAAUUUUUGACUAUAGAUGAUUGUAGAUGGGAUAAUGUAACAACUUUUGACUUCAGCAUUCCAACUUUAAACUGUUUGACCAUAUAUCACUGUAAUUCGACUGGGCACAAAAUCAGGUUUAAUCUUCCAGCCCUCACAGUCCUCACAUAUGCUGCCUAUGCACCAGAAGAAUUUAUUGUUGAUGACCUGUCUUCCCUAUAUGAGGCAUCAAUUGGAGUUGAAUUGAGUGAGGAUCAAUAUAAAAUCAAAAGUAGCAUGCAUGGUGAUUGUGUACAUGCUCUUCUUGAAGGGGUUGCCCAUGUGAAGAUUCUGGAUUUGGAUGGUGACACAAUGGAGACACUCUCAUUUGCAGCAGAGCACCCAUAUAUGCCUACAUUUCCUAAUUUAAAGCGCUUGGGGUUGGGUGUUUGCAAAAAUUAUGGUUGGGGAAUGCUCCCAUGCUUACUUGAAUGUUCACCUGGUCUUGAGGUUCUUCAAUUUUAUGAGGGGCUUGUACACUCUGAUGGUCAAAGGAAAUUCAACUGGGAUUCCCCACAAAGUGUGCCUUACUGUUUGUUGUCACACCUCAAAUCAAUUGAAAUUUCAGAAUUUGAGGGGCAUGAUCAAGAGUUUGAAGUGAUAAAAUUUCUGGUAAAUAAUGCAAGCAUUUUGGAGCGACUGGUUGUAAAUUUUCGGGAGAGGAGGGUUGAUGUGGAGGGACAAGUGAAAAUUGGUGAGAAAGAAGAAUUGAAAGUUGCUGAGAAAUUUUUAGAUCUCCAGAAGGGCUCUGCACAUUGUAGAAUUGUGAUUGGCACAAGCUUUGGUUCAAUCUUCAUUAAGGGAUUGAAGGGAUAGUACCAUUUUGAAUAAUUAGGAUGAUGAACCCCCUCAGGCACUGCUUGGAGGAUCCAAUUACCAGACCAGAUUAAGCUGUGAUCCUGGGGAUCUAAGAUCUUUCUGAAAGGGCAUUAUAUCUAUGAUAUAUUAUAAGCAGGCCUGCGACAAGUUUUUUGGGUAGCAGUGAUGAGUAUUCAAAUAUCAUGGCAUCUCAUACUAUUCUAGAGGCUGAGGUGAACUUUUUGGGCGUUAAAGCUAGCAAAGGAUUCUAAUUUGAAGACAUGGUAUUCCCAAUUGGUGAUUUAAUGUUGAGUGAGGUGAGGCUAGAUGACUUCUUUUUCUGAAAUGCUCUUUGUAUGUAUAUGCCUAGAAAAUUAAAUGUGUUCAUGACAAAGCUGCUGUGAAGGAUCUUGAUUGGCUGUUGAUGUUUUUUGUUUUCCUGGAGAGAGCUCAUGGGGCACACCAGUGUCGAGUCAUAGAAGUUUGCUUACACCAUGGAACCUUGUGAUUUGCUUGUUGCUUGCUUCACUUCAAGAGUUUGGUACACCAAUGGGUUUA